UCACCCAUGGUGGGCCAAUGAUUUGCUUUUUCACUUUUUAGGGGCAUAUACGCAAUAUUUAACAUCAUCCGAGGGCCUGCGCGCAAAACCCCAACCACCAACCAAACACGCCCGAGAUCUUCUUCUUCUCCAGUCCAAAAGAGGGAAAGACGACUAUUUUCCUCCACCUCGAUCCCAUCGCCGUCUUCCCCCACACCUCGAUCCCGCCGCCGCCGCCGCCGCCUGCCCCCACCCACCAUGGCGCGGGCGAAGCCGUCGUCGUCGGCGGCGAAGAAGAGCCAGGCGGCGCAGCAGGGCGGCGGCGCCGGGCACGCGGCGCCGUCCGGCCUCGCGCGGUACCUCGACCCGGAGGCGCCAUGGGACAAGGACCGGCUGCUGGACGCCGUGCACUGGAUCCGCCAGGCCGUCGGGCUCGCCUGCGGCCUCCUCUGGGGCGCCGUCCCGCUCGUCGGCGCCGCCUGGAUCGUCCUGUUCGUGGCCAUUUCUUCUGGCAUAAUUUACUGGUACUAUGCGCACCUAUUGAAGGUCGACGAGGAAGAAUUCGGAGGCCAUGGCGCGCUGCUUCAGGAGGGGAUGUUCGCAUCUUUCACCCUUUUCCUGCUUUCAUGGAUCCUUGUGUACAGUUUGGCUCACUUUUGAUGAGAAGCCCCUUUGUUGAACAUACCGUGAUUUGGGAUCGGAUUGGCUGGAGAGAAAAAAAAUUCACCAGAACUCUGUAGAUUAUUGAAGAGCCCUAGAACAGCAUUGUAUCAAAAUCGGUUCAGGCAGCAACGUCGUUUCUGAAUCCCAGUGUAAUUUUGAUAGAACCAUCUUAGCAUAUCAGCUGUUGGCAGAACAUGUUCGGUAUGCUUGACAUGUAACUAUUGGAUAUCAUUCUCUUGCGUCGGUUCAAUAAAAUGUUUUAACAUGUA